AUGGCUUCCAACAAGAAUGUUACACCCGUGUCCUUCUUCCUCCUCCUCCUUCUAUUUACCACGGUGAAUUCUACCGCCGUAGAGCCCUCAUGGAAUUCGGGGAGCCAUCAUUGUCCUAUUGAUACCCUAAAGUUAGCAGUGUGCGCCAAAGUGUUGAUCAUAGGUGCAGGGUCUCCACCACAGCAGCCAUGCUGUAGCCUUAUUGCAGGCCUGGUUGAUCUUGAAGCCGCUCUAUGUCUUUGCACUGCCCUUAAAGCCAACAUUCUCGGCAUCCACCUCAACAUUCCACUCUCCUUAAGCAUCAUUCUUAACAACUGUAGGAGGGACACCUCUUUCAAGUGCCCUGAUAAUUAA